UAAGAUUUUACCACAUUCUUGAGAUGGCAGAGAAACAGUCGUCUUUCUCAUUAUUACCAAAAAUAAUAAAUGGAGGCAUAGCCGGUAUAGUAGGAGUCACAUGCGUUUUUCCCUUAGAUUUGGUCAAAACUAGGUUGCAAAACCAAAAGAUCGGUCCGAAAGGCGAAAAAAUGUAUAAUAACAUGAUAGACGCAUUCAGGAAGACUUAUAAAAGUGAAGGAUUCUUCGGAAUGUACAGAGGAUCCAGCAUCAAUAUUCUUCUGAUAACACCUGAAAAAGCCAUAAAACUGGCUGCGAAUGAUUUUUUUCGAUUUCACCUACAAACUAAAGACAAACGACUUCCAAUCUAUAGACAAAUGAUAGCAGGGGGUUUGGCAGGCCUUUGCCAGAUUAUCAUAACCACCCCUAUGGAGUUGUUGAAAAUCCAAAUGCAAGAUGCUGGUAGAAUUGCAGCCCAAACUGGAGACAAAUCACUGGCGAAGAUGUCUGCCACACAAGUGACGAUGAAUCUAUUGAAAAAACAUGGUAUUCUUGGACUAUUCAAAGGAACUGCAGCUACAAUGCUCAGAGAUGUUUCUUUUUCUGUCAUUUAUUUUCCUGUUUUUGCGAACCUCAAUGCUAUGGGUCCCAGGAGAACUGAUGGAUCAGGUGAAGCUGUCUUUUGGUGCAGCUUUCUGUCAGGUUUAGUUGGUGGUUCCAUAGCUUCUUGCUUGGUAACCCCUAUGGACGUGGUGAAGACCAGGAUUCAAACACAAACUAAGGUAGAAGGCGAAAAACCUUAUACGGGAAUACCAAAUGCAUUUGCAUCCAUAUGGAAAAAUGAAGGAUUCACAGCAUUUUUCAAAGGAGGCGUUUGCAGAGUGAUGGUGGUUGCACCUCUUUUCGCUAUUGCCCAAGUAAUGUAUUUUGUAGGAAUAGGUGAAUAUUUACUAGGUAUCGAUAAAUCGAAAAAAUAA